AUGGGUGUCUACAUACCUCCUUCCUCUGAUAGUGACGGUAGCGAAAAGGGAGAUUCAGGGGGAGGAAACGGCGAUGGUUCUGGAAGAGGAUCUUCCAUAACCAUUCCCAACCCUUCGUCAUUUAUACCUUCGAAUCCUAGCAUUGGCUUGAAGUUAUGGGGACCUCUAGUACCAGCUUCAGAUAACACACCGGCAUUGUACCUCUUGACGGGUAUACAGAUUGGAAUUGGAUUGCUUGGAUUUCAUAAAGCACGAUGGCUUCGCAGGUCAAAUUUACUUAGAUUGAAUAUUCCCAACUCAGCCUCUCGUAAGAUCACUAAAUAUGCUUGUGCAGUUGGUGGAGGCUAUUUGGUGUUUUUAAGUGGCUUGGAAAUAUCAAGAUUGUCCUUGCCGUAUGACCCUUGGUAUGAGGAGGCGAGGUAUUAUCGAAAACUAGCAAUAAAAAAUGGCGAUAAACCGAAUUGGUGGUUUGGAGCUUAUAACUACUAUAAACCGAUGAAUUUCCAGGAAUGGAGUAAUAAGGUUGAACUAUGGAUCAAAAACGCCUCUAAUAUUGCAGAUUAUGAAGCACAAGAGGACUCUCCAGAUAUUUUCUCUAAAUAUGGUUCGAAGUCAUCACCUGUUUUAGAAAGUUUAGCAAAAAAGGGAAGGUACACUGAGAUUUAUCAGAGCUUGCAUGAUACCAAUGUUGAGAGACUCGAAGAAUUACUCUCUUCAGACUUGAAGAAUGUCAAUGAACUAAAUAAAGGAGAAAGAAUUGACCAAAUUUUGGAAGGUACUAGUAAUGUUAAGUACAAUGAGAGUUAUACAAAGCCUCACAUCCUGCUAGGGACUCACAAAAUUGACACUGAUGAAGAGUUUGAGAUGGUUUGGCUUAACUUUGAACCUUGGGACGAACUCAAACUCGAGACAGACUAUGAUAUAAAGUUCAUCCCAAGGUGUAGAUGGCCCAAUGACAGUGACGAUUCGACAGACUUGGCAUUACUAAACAAUGUCAUUGAAAAGAAGAACAAGGAGAAAGGAGAUGAAAUAAUUGAAGCUAAUGAUGAACAUUCUUAA